AUGAGACUCUCAUCAGCCUGGACAGGACUCGUUCUCCUCCUGAUUCAUGGAGCAUCCAAAGCCUGCGCAGUGAAGAAACUGGGAGGCAGCACUGGGAGAUUUGCAAACGCGACCUUAGUGCGCCUCUCUGAAUUUUUAAGUGCCGGGUACAAGAAAGGAGUGAGACCGGUGAAGGACUGGAGGACGUCCACCAUAGUGGCCAUAGACCUGAUGGUUUAUUCUAUACUCAACGUGGAUGAGAAGAACCAAGUUUUGACAACAUACGUGUGGUACAGGCAGUCAUGGACGGAUGAAUUCCUGGUGUGGAAUCCAGAGGACUUUGAUGAGGUCAAACAGGUUUCUAUACCGACAGCUAAUGUGUGGGUCCCUGACAUCCUCAUCAACGAGUUUGUGGAUGUGGGGAAGUCUCCCGACAUCCCUUAUGUCUAUGUUACCCACGAUGGACAGGUGCGAAACUACAAGCCCAUCCAGGUUGUAACAGCAUGCACGCUCAACAUCUACAACUUUCCAUUUGAUGUCCAAAAAUGCAGCCUCACCUUCCAGAGCUGGCUCCAUACCAUUGAUGACAUCAACAUCACCCUGAUACGAAGCCCUGAAAAGCUCAGGGAUGACAAGAGUGUCUUCAUGAACCAAGGAGAGUGGGAGCUUCUCUACAUUCUGUCCAACUACAAGAUCUUCAGUGUGGACAAUGAUGACUAUUAUGCUGAGAUGAAGUUUCAUGUGGUGAUCCGGCGGCGGCCAUUGUUCUACACGGUCAACCUGCUGCUGCCCAGCAUCUUCCUGAUGGUGAUGGACAUUGUUGGUUUCUAUCUGCCACCAGACAGCGGAGAGAGAGUGUCCUUUAAGAUCACGUUGCUGCUGGGAUACUCUGUCUUCCUCAUCAUCGUAUCUGACACACUGCCUGCGACGGCAAUAGGAACCCCGCUGAUAGGUGUGUACUUCGUGGUCUGCAUGGCCCUUCUGGUGAUCAGCCUGACGGAAACGGUGCUGAUUGUACGUCUGGUCCACAAGCAGGACCUUCAGCCCCCUGUGCCCCACUGGGUGAAGUAUUUGGUCCUGGAAAGGGCUCCAGUCCUCUUCUGCAUUAACAACAAGUACCGCCUUUGCUCCAAAUUGUCUUCCCAGGCCUCUGACCUAGGCCAUUACAAGGACAACAACUAUGGAACUGCCCAGUGCGCCCUCCACCACACCUGUGAGCUGGGCCGAAGGCUCAGCCAGCAGGACAGAGAAGCUGGGAUGCUGGGACUGCGCCUGCCCCCACCCAGGGACAACACCCCGCCCGUCAUGGACAACAUCCUGCAGGAGGUGACAGCAAUACGCCACUUCCUGGAGAAGAGGGACAGGUGUCGGGAAGUUGCCAAGGAGUGGCUACAGGUGGGCUACGUGCUGGACGUGCUGCUCUUCAGAGUCUAUUUAGUGGCAGUGGUGGCCUACAGCAUCACACUGGGUACUUUGUGGUCCGUUUGGCAGGUUGCCUGAGUUUUACUGUCACAGGGGGACGAAUAAAAACACAGCGGGUUAAUUAUACAGAAGGACUGCUAGGGUUAGCCUGUAGUUCCUAACUAGCUCAUAAGAUAGAACAAGGCCCUCACAUGAGGAUUUAACAGGGACGUUGUUCCUGAACAUGAGGCUUCUACAACAUUCAUAAGUUUGAAUGCUCAGCAUUGGUGCAAAUAUGAUUGGCUCGGUCAGAUUCAAAGCCAGAGAUGAUCUAACAGACUAAGCUAAAACCCUUUGCCUCAGCACAAAUGGAAGGUCUACUUCCAAACAAUUAUCCAUCAUAAUGAAA